AUGAGCGGCAAGGCAUCCUCCUAUACCAUUUUAUGGGCUUCACAAACUGGCAAUGCCGAAUGGAUUGCUAAAAACAUUCAUUCCGAAGCAAAACAACGAGGUUAUGCUGGUGAAUGUUUUGCCAUGGAUGCUUAUGAAAAGGCACAACUCGACAAAGUACGUGUAUUAAUUGCAGUGACUUCCAACACGGGCGAUGGCGAUGCACCAGAUCAUGCACUCAAGUUUUGGCGGUUCAUGAGACGAAAUAAGGAACCGGGAUACUUCAAAGACUGCAAGGUUGCAGUUCUCGGUCUCGGUGACACCAACUAUACCAACUUCAACAACCAAGCCAGACGCUUGGAGAAAAAGCUGAAGGAUCUAGGUGCCACCGUGUUUUAUGAAAAGGGCUUGGCCGACGAAGCCGAAGGUCUCGAAAGUGUCGUUGAUCCAUGGAUCGUAAAGCUGUGGGAUGUAUUGCCCAACGUUUUAGAGAAACAAAGCGAGGGAAUCGCUGCCGAAAACUUGGCCGAAAAGAUGGAAGCCGUCAAAAUCGAAAAUGCCGCCACUACUGACGAUGCUGACAAGAACCCUUACUCGGCAGAUGCUCGAUCCACCGACCUUGUUCCUGAAGUCGAAAAAUAUCUUGGUUUGGAAAACUCAUUGGUUGAUCAAAACGGCAAAAAGCCCCAUUUGGGCCAUCCUUUGACGCUCGACUACUCUGGUUUGCAGAGUGGAAUGCAAUUAACGGGUAUGCCUCGGGUUCCAGCUGCCUCGGCUAAACUCGUACGUCUGGAAGCAACCAGACCUGCUGACGAAUUGCCUACAACUCAAUGUAUUGUCACGCCUAGCCCUAUUAUCCAAGCUUCGGUAUCUCGUGUGCAAUGCUUGACAACCCAGGAUGCAAUGAAGCGUACUUUGCAUGUUGAGCUCCAAGUGGAUGAGGGUUUAGAAUAUGAACCUGGUGAUGCCUUUGGUGUCGUAGCACCCAAUGAUGAGUCGCUUGUUGAAGCGGUUCUCGAUAGACUCGUAUCUUCCACUGCUGAAGGAUACGAAACACUUUACAAUGUGGAGGGCGACAGUCUUCCCACACAUCUACAAAACUCCAAGUCCGUGACCUUGGUUGAUUUGCUUCGAUAUGCCGUGGACUUGACUACGCCGCCAAGAAAGGCUUUGCUUCGUAUGUUAGCCGACUUUACAUCUGAUGCCGAAGAAAAGACCAAGCUGAUCUAUCUCUGCAGCAAGCAAGGUGUUUCACAAUUUAAUUCCAUUCGAGAGCAAAUGCCAACCUUCCUCGACAUUCUCAAGACAUUUCCAAGCUGCAAGCCUCCUGUGGAACGACUGCUCGAUGCUCUCCCAGCUCAUAUGCCACGCUACUACUCCAUUGCCAGUUCUCCUCUCAAGUACCCUGGCAAAAUUCACUUUGCAUUCAAUGUCAUUGACUACAAGAAUGCCUUUGAUGUUCCUCGCAAGGGUGUUGCUACGCCAUGGUUGGAUAGAUUGACUGGCUAUGUGGCUGCCCGAUCCAGCAAAGAAGCCACGGUUGUGGAUCUUCCUGCCAACUCGAUCAAGGUCCCCAUCUUCAAGAAGGAGAAUGCCAAUGCGUUCGUGUUGCCCAGCGAUACCAAACGACCUUUGAUCCUGAUCGGUCCUGGUACCGGUAUUGCGCCAUUCAUUGGUUUCAUGCAGCAUAGACAGCAGCAGUACCGAAUCCGCAAGGUGAUGGGAGGUGUUGGUACUCAUCCUUCGCGCGAUAUCAAGAAGGAAUUUGGCUCUAUUUGGGUGUAUUAUGGUUUCAGAGAACGUGCCAAGGAUUAUCUGUUUGAGCAGGAACUCGAGGAAUUUGUCAAGGACGGCACUAUUGCACACCUGGGUUUGGCCGUCAGUCGUGAACAGACAGAGAGCAAGAUCUAUGUGCAGGAUUUGAUCCGCAAGGAUAGUGACAAGCUCUAUGAUCUGAUUGUCAAGCAGGACGCUGCUAUUUACGUCUGUGGUGAUGCUAAGGGUAUGGCUAAGGGUGUGCAGGAUGCACUUGUUGAUAUGCUUGUCCAACACCAACAGCUGGAUGCAAUGGCAGCCACUAAGCUUCUCAUUGAAUGGAUGGGUAGCCGCAAGUAUCUUCGUGAUCUGUGGGCAUAA